AUGGAAUUACGUGCUGUAUCUUCAUGUAUGAAACAACAGCUUACGAAAACUAUUCAAUUGUUAAUCGAUACGAAUCAAUACAAGGAGUUUUGUCAAUUAUCCUUUGAUCCUCAGUUAAUUCAUACUCUUUUCACUAGUCGUUAUUCAUUAAGUUUAUCUUUCCCUAAUAAACUAAUAGUCAAGUUUGGUCAUCAGCUUGAUGAUCUUAAUGCAUUGGAACUAGCACUCUUACAGAACCCAGAUGGACAAAUAGGUUGCCAUAUCUUUCAAAUCCUCACUCCUCAUCCUCAACUGAAAUCCUUUCUUGAGCAUCGGUUCCAUCGGGGGAUUUAUUCUGUUCUUGAUAUUGCCACCUUUUGGGGUCAUUCUGAACUCAUCAGGGAUAUAAAGGCUAUCUUAUGUACGAAUCCACCGUCAUUUUUACUUAAAAAGGCCAAUGAAGUAGCUAUGUUCUUGAAUAAUUCACACAGGGAUGAUGAUGAUGAUGGUUAUUAUUCAUCCUUAACAACCCACCAGCUGAUCAAUAACAACACAUCACCAAGUUAUCGCAGUUUGUCCUCCUUUUCUUCAACUUCGUCUGGCCUAUCACUUCCUCAUCUCCGUACCUGGACCCCAUCACAACAAAAGAAGGUUCAUUUUGAACCCUCUGUAGUCAUCUUGGAUGCUUGUUCUCGUGGCGAUAAAGAGGAAUUAAUGAUGACCAGCACUUCGAAAUUGAUAGAUUUAGAUACAAUCAGAGAUGGUCAGAACAACAGGUCUCUAUUACAUAUCGCCUUAUUGAAUGGACAUGAAGAUUUAGUCAAAUAUUUAAUAGUAGAUCGAAAAAUGGAUAUUAAUAGUCGAGAUAAUGAUGGCUGGACUUGCCUUCAUUAUGCAGCAGCGUUAGAAUUAUGGAAUUCUGUAAAAUUUCUAGUAUCAAAAACUGAAUGUGACGUUAAUGCAUUAACAAGGCAUGGAUUAAGAGUAGAAGAAUGUGCAACUUCAGAAAAGACUAAAAGGAAAAGUAAAUUGGUUAUUCAGAAAGUAUUACAACGACGAUAG